AUGUUGCGAAACCAGCGUGACCAGAUGCACGCGUCUCACGGUGAUGGAGGCAUUCUCGCGUUUGACGCCUACAUUUACCUCCUCAAGGCAUUUGCCGCAACCGUGCCAGAAGAUGCUUUGUCAUCAUUCCAGGCGAUCUGUUUGGGUCUCUUCGUGGUCAAGUUGGGCCUCCACGAGCAAGUCCUCAGCCUCGGCCUCAGCACGGCCAAGGAGCCCACGGGAUUGAUUCUCUUCGAGUGUUUUCUCCGGUUCUGCGGCGUGUACUUUGCCAACCAGUGGAACAGCAAUCAGAAGAUGAAGAACUACAGGUUCAGCGCCUUGGACCUAUCCGCUGGCAAACUGGCGGUGCGGUCGAGCAGUGGCAGCACUCCAGAGGCUUAUUUCGUGACGGACGAGGUGUACACGUUGCAGACGAGGACAGAGGAGCGGAUGAAUGUCGCCGCAUCGAUGAAGCCGAAGUUGAUCCACGACGCUGCACACGUGGCACUCGUGUCGAAACUCAGCGUUGCCAACGGCGAACUGCGGUAUGGCUGA